CAGCCCUGCCCUCCUGUCCGCCCCACGCAGCCCACCCACGGAGCCCACCCGAGGCUAUGGCAGCUCCGGCGGCCCAGGUGUCCAGGCAGCGGGCGGCAGCCGAACGUCUUGGCUCCAACCAGAAAGUUGUGAAGUACUUGGGCCAGGACUUCGAGAUGCUCAGGCAGCAGUGCUUGGAUUCAGGGGUGCUGUUUAAGGACCCCGAGUUCCCAGCGUGUCCGUCAGCCUUGGGCUACAAGGAUCUUGGACCACGUUCCCCCCAAACUCAAGGCGUUGUCUGGAAGCGGCCCCCGGAAUUGUGCCCCAGCCCCCAGUUCAUCGCUGGUGGUGCCACCCGCGCGGACAUCUGUCAAGGUGGUCUGGGCGACUGCUGGCUCCUGGCGGCCAUCGCGUCCCUCACCUUGAACGAAGAGCUGCUUCACCGGGUGGUGCCCAGGGACCAGAGCUUCCAGGAGAGCUACGCGGGCAUCUUCCGUUUUCAGUUCUGGCAGCGCGGUGAGUGGGUGCAGGUGGUGGUGGACGACAGGCUGCCCACGCGGGACGGGCAGCUGCUCUUCCUGCGCUCCGCCGAGGGCAGCGAGUUCUGGAGCGCGCUGCUGGAGAAGGCCUACGCCAAGCUCCUUGGCUCCUACGAGGCCCUGGCCGGCGGGUCCACGGUGGAGGGGUUUGAGGACUUCACGGGCGGCAUCUCGGAGUUUUUUGACCUGAAGAAGCCACCGACCGGCCUGUUCCAGAUCAUCCGGAAGGCCCUCCGUGCGGGGUCCCUGCUGGCCUGCUCCAUUGACGUCUCCAGCGCAGCCGAAGUGGAAGACAUCACCCGCCAGAAGCUGGUGAAGAGCCAUGCGUACUCGGUCACGGGGGUCGAGGAGGUGGAUUUCCGUGGACGCCCGGAGAAGCUGAUCAGACUCAGGAAUCCGUGGGGCGAAGUGGAGUGGACGGGCGCCUGGAGUGACAAUGCCCCGGAGUGGAAUGACGUGGAUCCCAGGAAGAAGGAAGAGCUGGACAAGAAGGCUGAGGAUGGAGAGUUCUGGAUGUCCUUUUCGGAGUUUCUGAGGCAGUUCUCCCGCCUGGAGAUCUGCAGAUGGUCCCCCGACUCCCUGAGCAGCGAGGAGGCGCACAAGUGGGACCUGGUGCUGUCCAAUGGCCGCUGGGCCCGGAGCUCCACCGCCAACGGCUGCCAGAACCCCCCGGGUGAGCGCGGGCCGAGGGCCUCCUGGGCUUGGCCUCCCGAGGGGACUUUAAAUGCCUUUGCACUCCGUUCUCUGGCCUCUGGGCACCGAUCGGGGGGUGAGGGGGCCCACUGCCCCCAGGGCUUGGCGGCCAAGACAUGGGCUGAUCUCACCUGAGGCCUGAUCUCAGCAAGCGUCAUUCUCUAGCUUCUGGUCCAGACUGUCCCUGCUUCACCCCCUGCCCCUGCCCCCUGAGAUGGUGCCUCUUCCCACUAACCACCUGGGCACCUGCGCUGAGGCCUCCGUCCAUGCCCACCUGCCUAGGUGGCCAGUCCCCGGCAGCUGAGCUGGGAUGCAGUGGCUGAUGGCCUGGGGAGGGACGCCUGCUGCUCCGAUCGCCCGCACCCGUCCCAGGGGCCAUUUCUCGUGCUCGCACCUGAGCCCGAGGUGGAGGGGCCUGACCUUGGGGGUCAAGGAUGGCCACACGCGGACCUGGGAGCGGCCCCUCUCGCCCUCACGGGGGAGGCACUGGCACUCCCUCCCCGGUGGGCAUGGUCUCUGCACUGACCCAGCUUAUUAGGAAGACGGGAAGCCGCCCCAUCCCUGUCCCCCGCGAGCGCUAAUACACACAUAUGCAGGCUCCUCCUAGGUCCCAGCCACUGGGGCAGCCCCGGAGGAAGACACCCCGAAAAGAUGCACCCACAUCUCUCAGGAGAGGGAGGCGAAUCCGCUUCCUCCACUUCCCGCCUCCCUCCCGGCCUCGGUGAGGUGCUGCGUGCCUUAGACUGUCCGGGGGCAGGGCCAGCUGCAGGGCUGGGCUUGGUGCUGUGGAAGCAGCGUUACAAUAAAAUCCUCCUUGAGUG